CCCAGCUCCGGCGCAGAGGAUAGCACCAGGUAGUUGGAGAGAGACCGGAGACAAGUGUGGGGAGCCGUGGAGGACAUAAGCUUUUUCCUUGGUCUUCCAGAUAAGUAGCACCUCAAAGAUGAUGAGUUACUACAUGGACACAACCAUUGGCAACACGGGCCCUUAUCCUUUGGCUCGCCCUGGAGCAAUGCAAGGUGCUGGCAGCUGCUAUGAGGACCCCUGGAUGCCUUGCAGGCUUCAGUCAGCCUGCUGCCCACCCAGGACCUGCUGCCCACCGUGGGACGAGGCGGCCAUCCAAGAGGUGCCCACCGGCCUGGAGCACUACAGCACAGAUAUGGAAUGUGCAGAUGUGCCUUUGUUAACCCCCAGCAGCAAGGAAAUGAUGUCUCAGGCACUGAAAGCCACCUUCAGUGGCUUCGCAAAGGAGCAGCAGCGGCUGGGAAUCCCCAAAGAUCCCCAGCAGUGGACAGAGACGCAUGUGCGGGACUGGGUGAUGUGGGCAGUGAAUGAGUUCAGCCUGAAGGGAGUGGAUUUCCAGAAGUUCUGCAUGAACGGAGCUGCCCUCUGUGCCCUGGGCAAGGAGUGCUUCCUGGAGCUAGCGCCCGACUUUGUGGGAGAUAUCCUUUGGGAACACCUGGAGAUCUUGCAGAAAGAAGAGGCAAAACCGUACCCAGCAAAUGGAGUGAAUGCAGCGUAUCCAGAAUCCCGCUACACUUCAGACUACUUCAUUAGUUAUGGCAUUGAACACGCACAGUGCGUGCCUCCCUCCGAGUUCUCCGAGCCCAGCUUCAUCACAGAGUCCUACCAGACCCUCCAUCCCAUCAGCUCGGAAGAGCUUCUGUCCCUCAAGUAUGAGAACGACUAUCCCUCAGUCAUCCUGCGUGACCCCGUCCAGACGGACUCCCUGCAGACAGAUUACUUCACGAUCAAACAGGAGGUGGUGACGCCGGACAACAUGUGCAUGGGACGUGCCAGUCGAGGUAAACUGGGUGGCCAGGACUCCUUUGAGAGCAUAGAGAGCUACGACAGCUGCGACCGCCUGACGCAGUCCUGGAGCAGCCAGUCCUCCUUCCAGAGCCUGCAGCGCGUCCCCUCCUAUGAUAGCUUUGACUCGGAGGACUACCCCACCGCCCUGCCCAACCACAAGCCCAAGGGCACCUUCAAGGACUAUGUUCGAGAUCGGGCUGACAUGAACAAGGACAAGCCUGUCAUUCCUGCCGCUGCCCUCGCCGGCUACACAGGCAGUGGACCCAUCCAACUGUGGCAAUUCCUGCUGGAGCUGCUCACUGACAAAUCCUGUCAGUCCUUCAUCAGCUGGACGGGCGAUGGCUGGGAGUUCAAACUUUCUGAUCCAGAUGAGGUGGCCAGGCGGUGGGGCAAGAGGAAAAACAAGCCCAAGAUGAACUAUGAGAAGCUGAGCCGUGGUCUGCGUUACUAUUAUGACAAGAACAUCAUCCACAAGACGGCCGGCAAGCGCUACGUCUACCGCUUCGUCUGCGACCUGCAGAGCCUGCUGGGCUACACGCCGGAGGAGCUGCACGCGAUGCUGGACGUCAAGCCGGAUGCUGACGAGUGAAUUCUGAAGAGCUUAUGGGACUUCAUCUUUUUUUUUUUUUUUUUUUUUUUUUUUUGCUUUUUUUCGUUAUUUUUUUGUUGUUGAUAGAGAGUAACUCAGAUUUGAUGCUUGGAGGAUGUUGGGAGAGAGGGUGGCGGGUGAGUCGAACUUCUGGUUGGAAUAACCUUAAAAGUUUGGUUCGGAGAAGGAUGAGCCUUUGUUUGCUGAGAGCUCCAGGACAGGCUUCUUUGGGUAAGAUUCUGAGUUUUAAGAAAGCCAGAACAAUGUAGCUCACUUUAAAAAAGAAAAAAAAAAAAAAAAAAAAAAAA